GAGAGAAAAAGAGAGAGCGAGAAGGAGAGAGACAACUACAGCUAAGCAAGAGGCAAAGCAACAGCAGCAGUAGCAGCAGCUGGUAUUCGGGUGAUUAAGUAGUUCUCAUAGCCUUUUUGCUGUUCUGUGACUGCUCCCUGGUGUAAGUCUUGUGUGUCCGAAAAGGAAGCUGCAUUUUAACGGUGUGCUGAACAGAGGUUUGAAUCCUUCCAGCUGGCUGCUUGUUUUGGAAAAGGGCUCUGUGUAUAAAUAAAAUGUGACUGCUCCGGAGGAGUUGAGUGGACAGGGGAUGGAGCGGGAGGAGUCUUCCUGAGAUACCAGCAUGAUCAUUGUGAAAAGGCACAGAAAGAGCUCCUACGUUACCUGGAACUGAAGGAUGAGAUCUCAAAAGAAGAUUUUCUAUUCCCUGCAUGGACUUUCCUGGAAAUUCUCUUAGGAUAAUGUUAAGUGUCUACUCCAUUGAUUAUUGGGAACUGAUGCAUGCAAAGAAGACUGCUUCCGAUAUAGAUUUCCAAUUCUGUGGACUUCCAGCUCUAAGUGUUUCAUAGCCUCGCCCACCCCCUUUUAAAUGCAUUGCAAUGGUCACAUGAAUGUUUGGAGAGUGGUGCUGAUACCAUCUCUUGGUCUGCUUAUAAUGGCACUUUAGGAGGAAAAAGCCAAGUUUUAAAAAUUCAAUUGUGAGUACUGCAAAAAAUGAAUCUGAUUGUGAAACUUCGUAGAAGUUUCCGAACACUAGUAAUUCUCUUAGCCACCUUCUGCUUAGCGAGUAUAGUGAUUUCUGCCUAUUACCUGUAUACAGGUCACAAGCAGGAAAUAGCCCUUGUUGAGAGCACAGGAGGGGCAGAGUGUGAGGAUCUUAAACUUUUACCAUACAGGUCCAUGGAACUUAAAACAGCAAAGCCAAUUGAUCCAUCUAGAACUGACCCUACUGUGCUGCUCUUUGUUGAGAGCCAAUAUUCUCAGCUUGGUCAAGACAUCAUCGCCAUUCUGGAGUCUAGUAGAUUUCAGUAUCAGAUGGUGAUUGCAUCUGGGAAAGGGGACAUUCCUCCUCUGGCAGAUAAUGGCAAAGGGAAAUAUAUCCUUGUAAUAUACGAAAAUAUUUUGAAGUAUACAUCGAUGGAUUCGUGGAACAGAGAACUUCUGGAAAAAUACUGUGCGGAAUACAGUGUUAGCAUUAUUGGUUUUCAUAAAGCCAAUGAGAACAGCUUGUCAAGCACGAGACUCAAAGGAUUUCCAUUGCAUCUUUACAAUAACGUAGCUCUGCAAGACUGCUUAGUAAACCCCCAGUCUCCUCUUCUGCGCAUUACCAAAGCCCCAAGGGUUGAGAAAGGCCCAUUACCUGGCGAAGACUGGACUGUCUUUCAAUAUAAUCACUCUACUUACCAACCAGUGCUUUUAACAGAAUUCCAGGCUUCCAAACCAUUCCCAGCGUCACUGCCUAAGAUGGCUCUCUAUGCUACAGUGCUUCAGGAUCUGGGACUUCAUGAUGGGAUUCAAAGAGUCCUUUUUGGGAACAACUUGAACUUUUGGCUGCAUAAACUCAUUUUUAUAGACGCCAUCUCUUUCUUGUCGGGGAAGAGGCUUACAUUAUCCUUGGACAGAUACAUUCUUGUUGACAUUGAUGACAUCUUUGUUGGGAAGGAAGGGACAAGGAUGAACAUCAAAGAUGUGAAGGCCUUACUAGAGACUCAAAUUUUACUACGCACUCAGGUUGCAAAUUUUACCUUCAACCUUGGAUUUUCAGGAAAGUUUUACCACACAGGAACUGUUGAAGAAGAUGAAGGCGAUGAUCUGUUGUUGAACUCUGUGGAUGAGUUCUGGUGGUUUCCUCAUAUGUGGAGCCACAUGCAGCCUCAUCUCUUCCAUAAUGAGUCAUCAUUAGUGGAGCAGAUGAUUCUCAACAAGGAAUUUGCACUAGAACAUGGCAUCCCGACUGACAUGGGCUAUGCAGUGGCUCCACACCAUUCUGGCGUUUACCCUGUCCAUAUUCAGCUUUAUGAAGCCUGGAAGAAAGUCUGGGGGAUUAAGGUGACCAGCACUGAAGAGUACCCUCAUCUGAAACCUGCACGGUACAGACGGGGCUUCAUCCACAAUGGCAUCAUGGUGCUCCCACGACAGACAUGUGGGCUUUUCACCCAUACAAUCUUUUAUAAAGAAUAUCCUGGAGGUCCUCAAGAGCUAGACAAAAGUAUCAAAGGAGGCGAACUGUUCCUUACCAUUCUUCUCAACCCCAUCAGCAUCUUCAUGACCCACCUGUCUAACUAUGGGAAUGACCGACUAGGCUUGUACACCUUUGUCAAUUUGGCCAGCUUUGUUCAAAGCUGGACCAACCUGAGGCUACAGACCCUGCGUCCCAUUCAGCUAGCUCACAAGUACUUUGAGCUCUUCCCUGAGCAAAAAGACCCACUCUGGCAGAAUCCAUGUGAUGACAGACGCCAUCGGGACAUCUGGUCUAGAGAUAAAACUUGUGAUCACCUACCAAAAUUUCUUAUUAUUGGACCCCAGAAAACAGGAACAACAGCACUUUAUUUAUUUCUCCUUAUGCAUCCUUCCAUCAUUAGUAAUCUCCCUAGUCCAAAAACCUUUGAAGAAGUUCAGUUCUUUAAUGGAAACAACUAUCAUAAGGGAAUUGACUGGUAUAUGAAUUUUUUCCCUACCCCUUCUAAUUCCACCACUGAUCUCUUGUUUGAGAAAAGUGCCAACUACUUCCACUCGGAAGAGGCGCCCAGGCGUGCAGCUGCACUGAUUCCCAAGUCAAAAAUAAUCACCAUUCUCAUUGACCCAUCAGACCGAGCAUACUCCUGGUAUCAGCAUCAGCGUUCUCAUGAGGACUCCGCUGCUCUGAAGUUCAAUUUCUAUGAAGUUAUUACUUCGGACAACUGGGUACCCUCUGAGUUGAAAAUGCUACAGAAAAAAUGUUUGACUCCUGGCUGGUAUGCUAUCCACAUAGAUAGAUGGCUAACACACUUUCCUACUUCACAGUUGCUAAUUAUUGAUGGACAGCAGCUAAGAAGUGACCCCGCUUCUGUAAUGGAUGAUGUGCAGAAAUUUCUGGGAGUUUCUCCUCAUAAUAAUUAUUCUGAAGCCCUAACCCUCAUGGUCACUGCAGUGCUCAUAACAGAAGGAACCCCUGCCCACCCCAACAACGCCAUCGCUUUGGUCCCUGCUGCUAGCCUCCAGUGGCCAAACAGCAGCUAGGAAACUUCCUCAUGCUGUAUCAGUGGUGUCACACACAGCCGCCCGCCCUGCAGAACCCAUCAGCUCCCAACACCAAGUGAAUGUUUACUUCACAAGUCAAAGGACAAUCUGCAUCUACUGGGUGUGUUGGGUUUGGCUUUUUAAAAAAAAUUAUUAGCAAUGUUACUUGAAAGAAUAACAUGACUUAAAAAGUGAAAAUACUUAAGUUCUCUUAAGUAAUGUCAGAGAAACUAAAUAUUGGUUUUGAUUAUGACUGUGCGCUUUCCCCAAUGUAUUUGUAUUUGUUAUGACAUGUAUACUUAACAUGAUGUAUUGAACAUUGCUUUGUUUCUCUCCUAUAUCAAUUUAAUCUCAUACCCCGUAUCCAACUAACACUAGCUGCCAGGCACAGGCUACCGGGAGACUGAAUAAACGUAGUGCAUGACUAAGUGAAAAUUAAGCACCUUCAUUUCUCAUGAAUUUCAGUGGGAGAAAGUUUGUGUUGUACUCUUCCAUUCAAAUCAGUGAAACGAAACAAGUUUAACUUUAGCUGGAAUGUAUCCUUUCCUUUUUCCAGGUUGGAUAGAAAUGCCUAUCAACAGUGAAUUAUCUUUCCCAUUUUAGUAUUCAGACACAUGACCCUUAAAAUUACCACUCACCCUCCAGCUUUAUGUACUUUUGACCAAAUCAUUAUACAAGUCACAGUCUAGCCAAACUUAAAUCUUUUAAAGUCAUGAUGAGAGAGUUAAUCAUUUGCCAUAACCAAAGGCAUGGAAAAGUGCUUGACUGGAUCAGGCCUACAUUGUCUCAUUCCAGAGGUUACAAAACGGACCCAUUUUGUGCGACUGAAUUUAUUUGCUUUAAAAAUGCAUUCCGAAUUAGCACUUUUCCUUGGUAAAGUUAAAUACAUUUCAUUGAAAGCUGAUGUAUUAGUUGGAACAUAGUUCCACAGCUUUAUUUCUUUCCUGGUGCACAGCAAGUGAUAUUGCUUCUCUCUUGGGAAAUUACUGGAAGCCAGUAAAAGUACUCUGCUAUGCAAAAAGGAGAUUGGGAAAUCCAAGCUAGAAAUGAAUCUCCUCUCAAUAUAUCCAUUUAAUCAAUGAUUUAUUUUAUUUUAAUUGAUACAGCUACUCAGGACAAUGUUGGCAGUAAGGAUUAGGCCCAUAAUAGGCUGAGCUCAGGAGAGAAUCCCCCUUUGUCUGAAAUGAGCUCACAUGUGUGCAUAUGCAGGUGCAUUGCUAUUAUAGGAAAAGGCCUGAGGCAAGGAAAUAUUUGGCAGCUAAUUACUUUUAUAUCCCAACCAAUUAUAUUUCAGCCUGCCCAAACAUCUGCUGAAUGGUGAAAAUAUAAUGCAAACCUUUUUA